AUUGGCGCUAAAAUUUGUUUGUAAAGCAAUUGAAGCAAGUUAUUUUUCGUUUUAGUUGUGAAAUAAGCACUGUUACUAUCGAAAACCGCUUUCAUUCAUCUAUUGGAGCGAUCAAGCGUGCAGAAAGUGUAAUUUCACAGCAAUUCGGCGUCCAUAUUUGUUAAUUGCUAUGAGCAAACCGUGCAACCGGAAGCCUCUGCGAAUAGUGUAGCUGUUGCAGCGCCAUUCGUGUGUGUUGUUUUGAUGUUCAUUGAAGCUUUUUCAAAAUGGAUAGUGGCAGCAGCUAUCGAACGGAAGACAGCGGCAAAGAUGUGCAGCUCGAGCAGCCAAAAUGCAGCAAAAGAAGAGGGAAGCAGCUCCUGAACGUUAACUGUUGUACUACUAGCAAAAAGCAAUCCGCAUUCCGUCGGUGCCGUCCAGGUGAUGGAUUUAGUGGCACCAAAUCAUCUCAUCUUAAGCCAUACAAUGCAUUCACCCCGUUAAGCGAGCUAAGACAACAAAUCUCCAUCCUCGUCCCAGGACAGAGCAGUUUGUGCAACUCGUUCGAAGCAAACCAAAGCUUUCCGGGCAUCGGCAGAAGGUGCAUCCGGUACGGUGGGCCUCUUACUCGAGCUGCUUUCGUAAGUGCAAUAAACUCGCCCGUACGGUUGAGCUGGGACUCGAUGGCAAACAUGGACCGGGUGCGAGUGGACGGUUCUAAUGGAGUCCGAUUCACGGCCUUCCGUCCGAAGGGAGGAUGCUUCCCGCAUGGUGUACCCUCACCGUACAACAACUCGUACAUUGCAUCGGCGUCGGAAUCGAUUGGCCGGCUGCCAAAGAGUGAUAUCAAUCCAAACAAGGCGGUUUUCACGAUCGACUCGAAAACAUCCCGUAUACUGAUCGUCAAUCGCAAUGCUUGCGAGCUGCUCGGAUACAACUCGAAAGAGCUGUGUGAGAUGGAGUUUACCAGCCUGCUGUUUAACAAAAGCAAGAUGCACGUGUCUGCUUUAGCGGAGGGCCAGUUGAACAGUGAAGAUGGGACGGUGAUAAUCCUGAGCGGAAAAGUGGUUGAGCUGUGCACAAAGUACGACAAAAACGUGGCAGUUUCGCUGUGGGUUAGGCAAAUUGACACCGAAGGCCAGAGAUGUCUAGCGGUGGCGGAGCCGGUAGAGAGGAGAGUGGCCCAGCUGGUGGUCGAUCAAAACGGUUACAUUGUAUCGGGUGACAAUGAAGCGCUGAUGCUGUUCCAGCUGGAUUCGGUGGAGAAAUUUGGAGGAAUGGAUGUAGCGCUGCUGAUACCGGCCAUUCAACUUCCAGACCCGGACACAAGCCUCAUAGCGAAGCAUAUCAGAAAGCAGAAGGCUACGGGCAAGACGCAGGACGGAGUAUCGUUUCCACUGUGUUUACUGAUAUCCCACCACGAAACUGGCACCGAUACGACGGACAGUGGGGUGUCGAAUCCAAACGCACUGCUAUACCUGAUCACAAUCUGGGUGUACACAAACCUGUCGGGGCUGCUGGUGAUCGAUGAGAAUUCGGUAAUAGAAUCGUGCAAUCAUCACUUUUCUAUGCUGAUGUUUGGCAUCCCACAGAGCAAGACCAUUGGGGAGCACAUAACGAAGCUGAUUCCCAACUUUGGCCAAGAGACCGAUUGCUUGACCAGAAGUCGUAACGCAACGCUGUCGUCCCUAGACAACGACGAGUCGGAAACGGAAACUGAUCACGUGGAGCUGGAAAACAGCAAGGAAGGAUUCCUGUCCGGCGCUCUGAAUGACAUACGAACAUCGCAGUGCGAAGCGACCGUCAGUCCUGUGAAGGAGCCGCGCAAGGUUUGCUUAGAUUUUACGAACGCCUCGCAUCCCGGUAGACGAUCAUUCAACAGUUCGGUUGCUGUAAUGAAUACGCUACCAGCGGCAGGGUCGAUGGCUGAUGGAUCACGCAUCGAACAGGCACCCGUCGCAAGCGGCAGUGAAAACGCUACAGACGAGCCGGGAAAUCAGUUCAGCAUUGUGGUAAUGUCGGAAAAUGCCUACUACGUAGAGGAUAAUAGCGAGAACAAUCGAAAUUUUGCAAACGUUUCGAACGCACAAAACAACCAUGCCUUAAAGCCGUGCACCACUUCCGCAUUUGCGUCGACCCCAGCAGCAUCAGCAGCGGCAGCAGUAGUAACAGCUGCUACGGGAGCCACACCACCAUCAGCAGCAACUGCAACAGUAUCGAGCAAUUCAUCUGCGCUAGUAGCAGGAGAUAAAGAGGUAGUGAAUAAGUGUAGCAGUGUCUUAGUAUCGGAAGAUUAUGCAAAUUUGCCGGAAAGCGAUUUGCUCACGCCAGUCAACGAAAACUCACUAUGUAUGAAUUUAUUGAACUCGAAGAAUGUGUCCAUCAACGAAACCAAAAGCCCACUGUACACUUCGGAAGACAUAAAUGUGGCACUGCUGAAGGACAGCACACCGGCUAGCGCCCCACCGGUGAUGGUAACGCCUCGGUUCAUAAAACCGUACGAGCUUGCCAAGGGGGGAGCAGGAUCGCUAGUAACGUCCACGCCGGAUCAGCACAAACGUCACUCGGCUGGCGGCAUCGCCGACAUUAUCCGACAGAUGGGAAAUGCGGGCAAGCGACUGUCGUACGUCGAUGGGAAGUAUAGAGGAGAAGCGAUACAUUACGACGGGAAUGUGAUUGACAUAAUCUACACGAUCUCGAGCCAGAUGCUUCCCUGCGGCCGGAAGGUGUACUGCAUUUGGAUAAGUCGCGAUCCAGAAUCGUCCUACAACAAUCUGGAGGAGGCGAAUGUUACGCUUACGUUUAAUAGCAUUACCAGCACGAUUGAUAAUUCGCUUGGCCAACCGAGCAAGGUCGCGAAUGCGACAGCGGCGGCUGUUACUGUUAGCCAGAGCAGACCGAACUCCGUGUCGUUGGUGUCGCAGUGCGAGGAGGAGCAGGUUUUUGGAGAGUACAACAAACACUACACAACGAUUAAGCAGAUCGGUAAAGGUGCGUACGGGUACGUGAAGCUUAGCUACCGCAAUACCGACCGCCUGUUGGUGAUAUCGAAGUUCAUUCUGAAGGAGAAGCUGUGCUCCAAUUUCAUGAUAACCACGGAGGAUAGAAAGGAGAUCCCGAUGGAGAUUUAUCUGCUGACGCACGUGAAGCAUCCCAACAUCGUGACCGUGUUCGACGUGUUUGAAAACGAAAAGUUCUUCCAGCUCGUCAUGGAAGUGCACGGUUCGGGGAUGGACUUGUUCGAGUUUAUCGACCGACGGCCGGCAAUGACCGAGAAGCUUGGCUGCUACAUUUUCCGUCAAAUUGCCAACGCCGUCGAUUACCUGCACUCACUGAACAUUCUGCAUCGCGACAUCAAAGACGAAAACAUCAUCAUAGAUCAGCACUUCCAUGUGAAGCUGAUCGACUUCGGGUCGGCCACCUUCAUGCAGGAAGGCAAGCUGUUUUCCACCUUCUACGGCACCACGGAGUACUGCAGUCCCGAGGUGUUGGCCGGGAAUAAGUACGCCGGACCGGAGCUGGAAAUGUGGUCCCUGGGCGUAACGCUGUAUGUGCUGAUGUUUUUCGAAAAUCCCUUCCUGGACAUCGAGGAAACGCUAAAGUCGGAACUGAUCAUACCGCAGGAGAUCAGUCCCGAGCUGGAGUACGUGUUGCUGUCCCUGCUGGACAAGAACCCCAAAACGCGCAUCACGAUGAAGCAACUGAUCUGCACGGAGUGGUUAACGCAAGAAAUUAACCCAAGCGCAUUCAACUUUGCCCACAUAGUGCCCUGUGAACCGUACGAAGUGAACCCGGAAAAGUACUUCAACGGCCAGAUAUACUCGAGUCAAACCGGUCUGUCCACCUCACCGCACAGCCUAUCGUUGGUGGAUGAUGAGGAUGAAGGUGACGAUGAGGAGGAGGACGAGCCGCAUGCUCACAUAGACGAUUCGUUUGUUGAUCCGGAUGAAUUGCAGGACGAUGACAUUUGUCCAUUGACGCACGACGACGAAAAGCUGCCAGAAAGAUCAUACGAACUGUACAGUGGACGCGAAACGCAUGCUGCUGGAACGAUAUUGGCCAAAGGAAUUCAGAAUCUCUCCCUACAGGAACCUUCGACAUGCAACAAUCACAGCAGUACAAUCGAUACCACCGCGGCAGUGUCUGGCGUUAUAGGUACAGGUAAUUCAAACGCUUGCUACGCGUACGCAGAACACACCGUUCCUGUCGUUGUGUCGUAUUUUGGUGGUGGGUCUCAGUCUAAUCCUUCCCUCGUAAAUAUGUCCCCGGCCGACUGUGGUGGUGCUGGUGGUGCAGAUGGAAGUGGUAACAUUGAGUCGAAUGCUAUAUCCAUUUCCACGGCCGCCAGCAGCAGCAGCAGCAGCAGUAUCAUUCCCGUUCAAUGUGUUUCCGAAUGUGUGUACAAGCCCAGUACGUUUGAGUGUGAUGUCGUUGAACGUGCAGCCUCCCUGGUCGGUGCAACAGAUGCCGAAAGCAUCCCAAGAGUCGGCUCUGUCUCGACGGCCAUCGUAAACAGCCCUUCGCUUUUGCCCCUACAAACAAUCGCCUGCGAGGAGUCCGCUAGACAAGCGUACAGACGCAGCAAUCGGCAGUCCAUGUGUGACUCGAGCUGUUCUACUACGCCAUCGCUCGCAUUGCCGCCCUCUUCCUCGGUGCUGAUGUGCACCAUGAUGCCCUACUCGGUGCUAAAUAGUGGUGACAGUUGCUGCAGCAGUGUUACCACCAUGAGCAGCUGCUGUAGCUUUGAGGAGCAUCAUUUGCAUUUCCAUUAUCCGGACGACAGCACGGCUAGCAGCAGUGCAGCCGACACGCCAACCAAUUGCUGUUCGCAGGAGUUGCCUCAAACGCAAAUUUGUACAAAAUCGGUGCUUCCGAAGAAGGGCACCUAUGACGAUGCGAGCGCCAAUUUGCUGCUGCUGGACGCACGGCACUAUGCAGCCUCUUCCUCGUCCACCAGUCCUUGCAGUUCGCUGACCUCGUCCAAGUCGGAGAACAACAUAUUCGAUGGCAAUUUCGCCACGUUUAGCUCGAUCUAUGAUGUUGUCAGCAUGGACAGUGUUACCGAUGCGGCCAAUAUGACGGCACCCGAGCUUUCGGUAAUGCUUCCAUUCCACGGCUGUGCCAUUACUGAUCUUUCACGGCCUCCUCCACCUCCGCCGGCGGCCGCCGCACUGCACGAUGUGGUGAACGUCGGUGAGAUCGUGCCGGGCCGUUGGCGUGUGGAGAAAAAAUAGUCUGAAUAAUUAAUCUAAAUUUCCACCUCGUGCGUGCGCACACGAACACACACACACUCUCUCACACAAACACUAACACACACACACACAGCCGGGUGGAACUUUAGUUAACUUUUGUACGCAAAACUUAGUGCGCAUCUACUUUGGUAGUGUACUCCAAGCAACUGCAGUUGUCUGAUUGAUGUCCUGCGAAUCUGUGAUCUGUUUUUUUAUCGACACGACAUUAGCUGCACCCCAUCAUUAUCCACCCUGUAUACGUCCUGCAUACGUAGCUUAAGGCGGGUAGGUGAGAAGUUGAGAGCAAAGCAUUUUUGAGAAUUCUUUUUGCUACAAAACUCUGAUUAGCUUUUUUGAUCACAAAGUGUUUGUUGAGCAACUAUUGACCGAAGAGCCGAAGAGAUUGCUUCGUUAACUAACGCACGCACAGAAAGUGUAGGAAUCCUGCUGAAACACUAAUCCCAAUACAAUUCUACGGAAACAGCAGCUAAGCGCAACUCGUCCAGUAAAACAGCAAAUAGUCAUUGUAGUGAAGCAAACAGCAAACAAAAAUAGUAGCAAAAUGAUGACAUUUAAUGAAAAUACUCAACUAAUAUAUCUACUUUGCACAUCGUUGUCAAUAGGCGCAUAGGGGAGAAAGCUGCACAGGAACUGUUUUGUUUGUAGAAUAGCACUGUAAUGGAUCGAUCGAGCGCGCAGCACACCUUAAAAAGCUCCUUAUUUUCGAGUUUUCCUGUGUUCCCGUCAUGUUGCAUAGUCUCAUUUUAUAUUGUAUGUGCGGUGACAUUUGUUUUUUCCUCUUAUAUUUGUCUCUUUUGUAAGUAGAUUUUCCAUUGUUUCUAUAUUCUAUCUAUGUGUUGAACACAAAUGUGUACAUAUGUUGCCUUUUGUUCUGUUCGUUGCUAUCUAUUAUCCCCGUAAUAGUGGGCAAUUUCGGGUCCUGUUUCUGUUUUGUAUUGUGUUUCAUCUUCGCUAUCGUAAUGGCGAUCUCCUUUGUGUGGCGAAUUGUGAUAAAGAAAAAGAGAUUGUUUCAAUUGUUGUCAACUCAGAUCCGGCCAAGCAAGCGCGUGGAAAGAAGGGACAGCUACGGGCCGAAAUGCAGCAACGGUCCGGACAUCAUGCGCUGCUGGGCAUGGGCACGGAUGCAGUUAUCGCGAUCGAUC